CGGAUUUCGAAUUCUCCUGAGUAAAAUUGUAAGAAAAUAAAAGUUUUGGGAACGUUUAGUAAAUAACCCAAACUAAAGGGGUUGUUUACAAACGAAUUCUUCUACUUUUCCGGCGAAAUAGAAACCAAAAAAAGAAAGGCGAAGUCUUUGUGUUGUUGAUUCAUGUCUCCGACGAUGACAUCUUUACGAUCCCCCAGCUUCUCGCGUUUCACUUCCUCAAACUCUGCUUCGAUUUCUCACCCAGUUGAGAUCCGACAAUUACUGUAUUCAUGCAAUGGAUUCUACGGUCUGUCAUCUUCUAGCUCUUCCUCCUCCACUACUUCUUCUUCUUCUUCUAUCGGAAGACUAGUUUUCUCAUCAAGGAAACAGUUUCUCUCCGUAAAGGUCCAAGCGUUAGCUGCUGAAACCGGACAGCCAAAAUGGUGGGAGAAGAAAGCAGGGCCAAACAUGAUUGACAUUACCUCGACUGAACAGUUUCUGAACGCUUUAAAAGAUGCAGGAGAUAGAUUAGUUGUCGUAGAUUUCUAUGGAACUUGGUGUGGUUCUUGCCGUGCAAUGUUCCCAAAGCUAUGCAAAACGGCAGCAGAACACCCUGAAAUAUUAUUCCUUAAAGUAAACUUUGACGAGAACAAGUCUCUCUGCAAAAGCUUGAACGUCAAGGUGUUACCAUACUUCCACUUCUAUCGUGGCGCUGAUGGCCAAGUCGAAUCCUUCUCAUGCUCUCUUGCCAAGUUCCAGAAACUGAGGGAGGCGAUAAAGAGACAUAAUCUAGGAAAUUUCAGUGACUACUCUUCUUCAGUUUCUGAGAAUGUUGAAGAUUCAAGCGUAUAAUUAAUAUCUGAUUCUGAUUGAUCAAAGAUUCUUUUGUUUAAUGGCUUCCCUGUGUAUAUAUGUUAACUGCAUUUUGCAUAUGGUGCAUAAUAAUUUUUGUACAUAAACAAUACUCUAACUUCUAGUUCAUAUAAGCUCAUCUUUGAUAACA